UCCUGCCGGGCCCGGCCCGCACACCUCCGCCCCGCAUGGCCGGGCUGGCCCCGCCGCAGUUCUGAGCCGCCCCGUGCCUCCGCCGCGGCCGCCCGGCUCCCGAGCCCGCGCUCGGCCCGUUCCCCGGGGUGCAGGUGUGAGACCACGAAGAUGUUCUCGGCCCUGAAGAAGCUGGUGGGCUCGGACCAGGCUGCGGUCCGCGACAAAAACAUCCCUGCGGGGCUGCAGUCCAUGAACCAGGCGCUGCAGAGGAGGUUCGCCAAGGGAGUCCAGUAUAACAUGAAAAUUGUCAUCCGGGGGGACAGAAACACUGGGAAAACCACCCUCUGGCACCGACUGCAGGGAAAGAAAUUUAUUGAGGAAUAUAUUCCAACUCAGGAGAUCCAAGUCACCAGCAUCCACUGGAAUUACAAAACCACUGAUGACAUUGUGAAAGUUGAAGUCUGGGAUGUAGUGGACAAAGGAAAAUGCAAAAAACGAGGAGAUGGUUUGAAACUGGAGAAUGACCCUCAGGAGGCAGAAUCAGAAAUGGCUCUGGAUGCAGAGUUCUUGGACGUCUAUAAGAACUGCAAUGGUGUAGUUAUGAUGUUUGACAUCACCAAGCAGUGGACAUUUAACUAUAUUCUGAGGGAGCUUCCUAAAGUGCCGACGCACGUUCCAGUGUGUGUGCUUGGGAAUUACCGGGACAUGGGGGAGCACCGGGUCAUCCUGCCCAGCGACGUGCGGGACCUCAUUGACAACCUGAACAGGCCUCCCGGCUCCUCCUAUUUCCGCUAUGCUGAGUCUUCCAUGAAGAACAGCUUUGGCCUCAAGUACUUGCACAAGUUCUUCAACAUCCCCUUCUUGCAGCUACAGAGGGAGACGUUGCUACGGCAGCUGGAGACAAAUCAGCUGGAUAUUGAUGCAACUCUGGAGGAGCUGUCAGUGCAGCAAGAGACUGAAGACCAAAACUACGAACUGUUCCUAGAAAUGAUGGAAGCCCGAAGCCAAGGGCACACAUCACCACUAGCAACGAACGGGCAGAGCCCCUCCUCCGGCUCCCAGUCACCCAUCGUACCUCCGAGCUCCGCAUCGACAGGCAGCUCCAGCCCCAGCACCCCGCAGCCGCCGCUGCCACUCACCACAAGCGCCACCAUCUCUCCUGACCCCGCUUCAUCCUUGUCACCAGUGCCUGUCCCCGAGGCCCCGCAGCCCCCCGCACCCGCCGCAGCUCCCACGGGCCCCCCGGCCGCUGCCCCCCCGCCCAAGCGUGGCAUCAUCGCGCGGCUCUUCGGGACAUCCCUCGCAGCCGAGCCCACUCCUCCUCAGCCAGAUCCUGCUGCUGCCACUCCUCCCCCCAACCCUGCAGCCCCUGCCAAGGUACAGAGCGUGGAGGACUUUGUUCCUGAGGACAGCCUGGACCACAGCUUUCUGGAAGACCCAGUGCCGCAGAAAGACAAAGGGAAACCACAGGCCAAACACCGUGUGGAUAGUGAAAGUGAUGGAGAGGCACCUGGUGAGAACCCCAUGGUGGCAGGUUUCCAAGACGACUUGGAUCUGGAUGACAAAAUCCCCAGUGGACCAAUGCUGGCAGCAGAACGAGUGCCAAGCAAGAACAUCACCCUCUCCAGUGAGGAGGAGGAAGAGGUGAAGGACUCUAAGGUCAUCCUCAUAUCUGAUGGAGACAAAAACACAGAGCAGGAAAAAAAAAGGUCUUCCAGAAAUUCUCUGAAACCCCAGAGUGAAGCAAUUUUGACCAAAGCAACUGACCCGAGGCCUCCUGACAGCUUACCUCCCCGUUCCGGGUCUGAACGAAACAACAGCAGCAAGGGCAACAUGAGCCUGGCAGCUCCUGCUGCUGCCCCCACAGCGGCACCCCAGGCCUCAAAGGCCACUGCCCAAAGCAAAGGACUUGCUUCCAAGCAGAAAGUAGUCAAAGAGGAGAAGCCUGAGGAGUCUGACAGUGAUCAAGAGGGACCAAUAGCUACUCAGAUGCUUUCAUUUGUUAUGGAUGACCCAGACUUUGAAAGUGAAGAUUCUGACAGCCAGAAGAAAAAAAUGAAUGAAUUCCCAGUGCGGGAAGAUCUCUCUGAACUAUCUGAAGAUGAUACCUCACUGGCAAAGCCUCCCCAACCUGUGAAAACAACAGUCCCCUCCUUUAAACUGAAAAAUGACUCCGAUCUCUUUGGCUUGGGUUUGGAAGAAGCUGGUCCCAAGGAGAGCAGCGAGGAAGAUAAACAAGCUUCUAAGGAGAAAAAGAAGAAGAAGAAGAAAAGCAAAGAGGUACUGGUAAUUAAAUAGAUCUACUGUGUUACCCAUCUGCCAAGGACAGACAUGGCCUUUCAUGGUUUCCUCCUUGGAAAAGGGAUUUGGUGGACUCCCUUCCAUGCUCACAUCCUGCACCUCUGAUCUGUGCCUCCUAGGCUCUGCAGACCACUGAACUUCAAAACAAGCUUGUAGAGCAGUUGAAUUUUGAAAAGGGAAUGUGUGAGUUUGUAAAAUACAGGAUGAGGAAGAGCAGUGCCUCUCUGCUGGACUGUGUGUUCAUAGCACCAUGAUUUUCAAGCAGAGGGGUGCCCACAACAUAUAUCUCAUGGAUAGUGAGGGAAGCCUGCAGGAGGCUUUGUUUGUGCCAUUUAAGCCUGUGCAGUACCAUGGUAUUGUUGGGCACAAACUCGGAAAGACCAGUGCCCUGUAUAACCCAAAUGGUCUGUCUGCUUUUCUGUCCAAACUUACAGAAGGGCCUUCGGUGCUUCUACCUGAGUAAGAUUCCUAAUUCAGUUGAAGACAUCCCUGCCCAUGGCACAUGGUUGACUAGGUGCUUUCCAGCCCAAACCAUUCUUCAGAGUUAGGUGUCAGGGCAGUACAUCCUGGGUCACUGGCACACUCAGAGCAUUUGCUAAUGAAAAUGUUCUCAUUUUGCAGGAAGAGGACAAGUCAGUGAAAAAGAAGAGCAAACACAAGAAGAGCAAAGAGAAGGAGGAGAGCAAAGAGGAGAAAGAGAAAAAGAAAAAGAAAAAGAAGAGCAAGGAGAAAAGCAGCGAGAUAGAUGAACUUGAGGCUUUUCUUGGCGGAGGAGGAGUCAGCAUGAGCAAACCACGGGGCGGGGGGGACUAUGAGGAGCUGUAGUUUGGCUGCAAGUGGAUUCUGCACCAUGGCUGUCUCCAUCUUCUCUGAUGAGUCACUCCAGGACAGGCACAGAUGUGUAAAGCUUUGGCCCUUCACUGUAUGGUCUCUCAAACCAGAAUGAGCAAAACAAAAGCUUUACAUCUGUGUGUGCUGCUCUGGCGCAUCGUUACACAAAGAAAACCAAGCUGAGAUGUACAUGAGCCAGGGGAAUGUUCAGGGCAUGGCUCCCAGGCCUGCUGCCAGGCUGUCAGUUUUUCUCCUUGCAGAGAUGCCCCAUCAGGUCACUGGCAGGCUGUGGGGCGAGGAGACCUGCCUCCUGCUCCGUCCCUGCUGCAUUCCACUCCUGCACACCUGAAAUUCCUGUCUUGUUAAGAGGAGUGCAACAAAACAUGCUGCAUGAACACAUCGUGCUCGACUGUCUCAAGUCUUUAACUUCUUAUCCUUCCUAUUUUUUUAAGGAGAAAGAUUAUAUUGGCCAUUGCUUCACCUGGCAGUUGAUGAGCUUUAAGUCAAGCAGAUCAUGCUGUGAUACUACUCUCUAAAGCAGCAGGCGCAGGGACAGUGUGAGAGAGAGUGUGAUUGUUGAAGUCCUUUGAACAGGACCUUUCCGCACAGCAGCUUAAUUAGCCCUCACUGGUGCUGCUGUUGGAAUUCAUGAAGCCCAUUGAUUUCCGUGGCCCCAGUGUCUCAGACACUACAUGUAAGCUGCUAUGCAGUUUGGGAAAAUAAUGAAAAGUGCAAAGCUAACCUGAAAGAGAAAAAUCAGUGCUUUUCUGCAUUUCCCACCCUUGAAUUUGCAUAUUCCAGAAUCCCCUGCUGCUGGGACCUCUCAGGGACAUGACUCCAUGUGGAAAUGAAGAUACCCAGAGCUUCAGAAUUGGCUACAGGGCAGUGUUGGCAUGGCAAGGCAUUUGCUUCUCAGGCAUUUUCCAGUCAGGCUGUAAACCCUGGCUGCUGCUCUGUGCCAAGAGGGACCAGCACUGCAGCUCAGCCGCAUCCAUUCUGCUCCAGUCCUGUCCAUCCUGCAGCCAGCCAGUGUGCUGCCUUUCCUGCCCCAAGCAGAGAGCCUCCUCUAUCCCAUGAGUUUGGGAAGUCUUUUCGUUUUUGCUUUCAACUUAAACCUAUGGAUUAGAACCUGCUCAGCAGCUGUUGGAUGAGCACUACGGCCUCCCCUUGGCACUCACCUGUGUCUCAGUCAUCAGUCCCUGUGUUUGAUGGAGCUGGUUAGUUCUCUGUACCCCUCUUGGUUUGGGUCUGGGGUCCCUUUGCUCAGCUCAGAUGGUGACGCUUCCUCCAGGUUCUGUGCAUUACAUUCCCCUCUUCCGUGUAAGUUGAUUUGAGGUUUGGUUUUGUUCUCCCUCACCCCUUUCUGUUGUAAAAUGUCAGCCAUGAAAUCCAAACUGGAGUUUCCUUCUGCAUCCCUAUAAAGCAAUGUGUUCUUUUGAUCCAUUAACCACUCCAGACCUGUCUUGACCAGCAGGCAUUUCCUGCUUCAUUUUUCUUUUUCUUGUGCCCAAAAUUCACUUGUAACCAUUUCCCUAUAAAACAAAUGGUUUUUUGCUGCAUGAGCAGUGUGUUGUUCAAGUCUGUCUGCUAUUAGCAUUUGCCUCUGAGCAUUCCACAUGGCACUGUAGGGAAAUUGCAUGGGACAGUUCAAACUUGGCACAUCCAGGGAGGAAAACAAGAUUGAGACGGGACUUGUUUGUGGCCCUUCUGGGCAAAGGCAGGUGGAAGUUCAAGCCUCAGCUGCCGCAGUCCCAAAAGUGCUUCUGUUCCAUCAGGAUUUUGGGUCAUGUUCCAUUUUUGCAUUGAAAUACCCUGGUACAGUCCAUUCUGACUAUAAAGCUCUGUUGUACACUU